AUGUGGAUGAGAGGUCUGGUCCUCCGCUGUGGAUGGAAAAGCAUGAACAUCCAGAAGGCGGUGCCCCUCAGCUGCUCCACGGUCCGGAGGCCCCAGGGGAGGUGUGCGAGUGGGACAGCCGCCACUGGACGGGGAGAGGCCCGAGUCAAAAGAGUGUCCAUCGAGGGCAACAUAGCGGUGGGGAAGUCCACGUUUGCUUGCCUGCUGCAGUCGGCCUGUCCGGACUGGGAGGUGGUGGCAGAACCAGUCAGAAAAUGGCAGAACAUCCAGAGUGGCGCCCCUGGGAGCUGUACAGUGAGUAACCUGCUGCAGAUGAUGUACUCAGACCCACAGCGUUGGUCCUACACCUUCCAGAGCCACUCAUGCAUGGGCCGCAUGAAGACACAGCUGCAGCCCCCGGCCCCACGCCUCUUGCAGACACCAGGGGGCGCUGUGCAGGUCUACGAGAGAUCCAUCUACAGUGACAGGUACAUCUUUGCCCUGAACUCCUUCGAGCUGGGGUUCCUUAACUCCACUGAAUGGGCGAUCUACCAGGAAUGGCACUCGCUGCUGGUGGAAGAGUUUGACCAGAGGGUGGCGCUAGAGGGCAUCAUCUAUUUGCGAGCCCCUCCACAGACGUGUAUGGAGCGGCUGCAGAUCCGAGCUCGCCCAGAGGAGCAGGCCGUGCAGCAGGACUAUCUGGACAACCUCCACUCUCAGCACGAGAGAUGGCUGGUGGACAAGAGCACAGAGGUCCAUUUUGAGGCUCUGCGCCGGGCCCCUGUGCUGCAGCUCGAUGCCAGUGUAGAGUUCAAGUCCGACCUCCAGGUUCAACAGGACUACAUCACUAAGGUGAAGGACUUCUUCAGUUCUUUAUGA